ACGACAACCCCGCCGUGCGCAUACUAUGAACGUUGAUAAGGGUUCAGAUUUAUCACAGCCAAAAAACAAUACUUCCUACAAAUUUACGUUAUAAUAACCUUCCAAUAGAGUAUUAUACGAUAUCACAUAAAUUUUGUGGCACCCUCUUUCCCACUUUCUUCAUCUAAUACGAGAUCAUUACCGUAUGGUUGUUUCUCAUUCCCGGCUUCUCCACGCACCCACCACUAGGGGACAUUCAGCAAGCGAAUUCGCUUCUACUCGAGCACACUUUUUUACUCGAGUACCGUACUGUACAGAAUAGAGGUAACUCCCACGGCAGCUCGCUUCCCCAGAGCCAUGAAAGCGCCUCAGGCAUAGGCCGGAAGAUGCAGUGUUAUCAAAGAGGACCGUAUUUGCUUUUGGACCACAUCCGAAAAAUUCAGAAUCGAACUGCCAUUCCCAGGUAAUCGCCCAAGAAGAACAGCCGAUCUCAAACUCCACUGGGCAGAAACCACUUGUCGCCCACCACACCAUUUCGACAGAUACAUGGAAGGCUCCACGAUGCUUCGAGAAAAGGAAUCACUCCCUUCCUCUCCUUCCUUCCCAUUCUCCUCAGCUCCCCUCCAUCCCGAUGAGAGCCCAGGGGUUGACAGAAGGCAGCUAACGUAGGACAGGGCGCCCGAUUUCCUCUAAAAAACAUCCAUAUGGUCGCCAUACUUUCCCCCGGUUACCCGCAUUACAUGAGGGUUCAAAGAAAAUAAAUAAACCAUGGCGAAUCAUAGGAUGCCUGCAUACUGUAAAGUCUCUCAUGUGAGCAACGACCCAUGCAUGUAACAUUAACUGAAUCGAGCAUGUUAAGCACACAACGUUGAUCGGAUUUGCGGGAAAAAGGAAACCGAGUUUCCAUUUGAGGAGGGUAGGUUUGCAUAGAAACAAGCUGUUGGCAAUCGCUUCGGUUCGGGUGUUGAGAAUUGCAUUUUCUCAAUACCCGAGCAGAUUGUGCUGAGAAUUUAAUGCUCGAGUGCCGGUACUUGUAUGCGUCCCCCUUAUCGUAUGUCAAGCUUGACAGGUAGACACCUGUUGGUUCUAUACCGGUGCUUGAGUACUGGUGUCCGCAAGUCGCGUGUUAAUCCGAUGUCACUGAUCCACAUUCCGUGAUAGGGAUACGGAUUUUACUGAUUUGUCGUCAUUUAUCGCUCCCGAAGGUGCGCUAUUGGUUUCGCAGGACAAUCCCUCGUCAGGUUUCCGGAGAGCCAAUGCAGGUAGCACUGGCAGCUAAAGCAACCAGCGGUGAAUCGACAGCCCGGGAAGUUAGUUGAAUAUCUUUCAUGCAGCGCAGAACCUUCUGCCCAGUUCAUCCGCGUCCAUCAACAAUCCUUGAACAAAAGAAAGGUAAGCAGCGAGGCGAGCCAAUGGGAGCAUCAAAUGUGAUGCGCUGUUGCAUUGCGGUUGGAAUUUAACGGGUCCCGAUUCCCGCGGAUAGGAGCUGAGCGCAAAGAUAACGGCAAGCAAGCGGCCAUGUAUAACAUUGAAAAUUGGAUGCUUAAUGCCCAGGUUAACCGGUGCGGGUGCCAAAGGGAAGGGUAUCGAGAAGAAACAGAAGCUCCCAGGAUCGACACCGACUCGAGCCCCUAUCAAUUGAAAUGAGAGAAUGAAAAUACCGGAGGCCCGACCCGAACAGACCUGGUAAGGAGGUGCUACAGGCAAGCAAUGCACAGUACCGUUUAUCGAAGCCAAUAUCUUGUGCGUGCUUUUGCGCCUGCGUUAUGUGGGAACGGGGGCAUCGGUAUGAAGAUGAAUCUGUGGGAAUUAGUAACGUGGUAAAUACCGUGGGGGGGGUUUGGUUACCAUGCCGAAUCGGACAAUAGCGCCGUUCUGUCCGUUCUGUCCGCUCUGUGUUCAACCUUCAAAGCGCUGCCUGAGCGAUGAGUGCCCACCAAACUUCCGGUUCUUCUGAGGCAGCUCAAAGGCUUCCCACGGGAAGGCCCGUAGAGGACAAAACUGGAACAAUCGAGAUCACUGGUGAUCUACUCGAGUUUAUUCCACUCGACCCGCCUGUCACGAGCUCUGGAGCAGAAUUACAUAAGCUUAUAAAAGGCUUUUGUUAGUGCCCCCAUUUCUCCUCCACCUCUCUCACUUGCACACACAUUCAUGUGCCCAAUUCCCCCGCAGACGCACUUUGUCUAACCCUGUUAGGGCGCCAUUUUCCGAUCCGUCGUUCUCUCCCACUUUAGUUUCUUCUCCCUCAACCUUUCUCCUGUUCUCCCUUUCCUCACAGGUUGCUUCCCACAAGCUUACAAUCCUACCGGUAUUGUGCCCUGUCCAGUUGCAACUCGUCCCAACCUCUCUCUCCCUCUCUCCUCACUCCCCCCAUCCCUUGUCCCCUCUCCUCCAGCCCUUCGACCAUCUCUCGACGCUUUUCUUUGUAUCCGGUGAGUUUCUCCCCCGGCUGCCUCCCUCGUAUAUUCCCGCUGCUAUUGCUUGCUUGCUGUGUGUUCUGCCUCGCCCGUACCGCUGCUAUUUGGUUCUGCGCCCCAGUCCCGUGCUUCUGUGUUAAAAAAGAAAAAGAAAAAACAAGAAAGAGGGUAUUGAGCCGCCAAAGACAUCCUUGUCGUUCCCUUCCACCCUAAGCGCAUCCCUUCUCUCCCGAGUAACCUGAGUCUCUCUUACCAACUUCAUCCCCUCGCUCGCCUCCACUCACCUGUACUCGAGUACUCAUCCACCCCCCUUCCCGUUCUCUCUCCCUAUUUGGGGCAGUUCUCUUCUAUAUCAAGAGUCAUCUGAAGGACCUUUUCAGCUAACGCCUCGGAAGAGAGAAAAAAUAAUAAGGCAACCUCUCGUUCUCGGAUAUCCUCAUAGCAACGCGCAGGUAAGGGGCUCAACCUAAGGCUUCCUCUAUCCACGAUUGGGGCGCGUUCGUUUGCCUUGCAUCGAAGCCUUCUGCUCACAUCUUUCUCAAUAACUCUAGAUCCGCUCCCCAUUAGUCAAUUCUGAACAGGACUCGCACUAUAUAAGCAUCUCGGUCUUCAUCUUCAGACAGCACGAGUGUAACAAACAACUGUUGAAUUCUUGCUUAGUUGAAAUUAAAAAUAAAAAAAAGACAAUGUCUCCCGUACGUGUACCCCUUAUAUCACCGUCCCAACACAUUGACCUCUUUUUGCUUCGUGAGUUUCUAUUGAAUAUCCAUGUCGUGUUUUUGCUUACGAAAGUUAACCCGUAUUUCUGUUCGCACAGGCUCAGUUUCUUCGAGAGUAUAAACUAGUGGUAGUAGGCGGCGGUGGUGUCGGAAAGUCUUGCUUGACUAUUCAACUGAUUCAGAGCCAUUUCGUUGAUGAGUAUGACCCGACUAUUGAAGGUAUCCCUAGCCCUAUGUUUUCUUCCCAUGAACUGACCUAAGUCCCGACGAUCUUAAUGGCUGAUUCAGCUAACCAAUUUAGACUCCUACCGCAAACAAUGCGUUAUCGACGAUGAAGUCGCACUACUCGACGUCUUGGACACAGCUGGUCAGGAAGAAUAUUCCGCAAUGAGAGAGCAGUAUAUGCGCACCGGUGAAGGCUUUUUACUUGUGUACUCUAUCACUAGCCGUACAAGUUUCGAGGAAAUUGCCACCUUUCAACAGCAGAUCCUCCGGGUCAAAGACAAAGAUUACUUUCCCGUAAUAGUCGUUGGAAACAAGUGUGAUUUGGACACGGAGCGCGCCGUGAGCCAGCAAGGUAAUCAGCUCUACCUAAUUCCUUGAGCUCUGACCUCUGCUUACCCACCGCACUCUUACAGAGGGUCGCGACCUCGCCCGCCAUUUCAGCUGUCGCUUCAUCGAGACCUCCGCCAAGUCCAGAAUCAACGUAGACGAAGCUUUCUACAACCUUGUGCGAGAGAUACGCCGUUACAACAAGGAGCAAUCUGGUGGCUCAAACUCUCCCGGCGGUGGGAACAUGAACAGCAAUGGUGGCGGUGGAAAUGGGGGCGGCGGGGAGUACGGCAAAGGUGCUGCUGAGAAGCACUCUGGAUGCUGUGGUACUUGCAUCAUCUUGUAGGAUGGUGCUAAGGGGAUAGAAAUUGAAUACUAAUUUAACAGGAUUCUCGCGGCGGAGCGUGGGGUGGUCCUCUUUGUGGGUGAUUGA